AUGCCUCCAGCUACAAUGCGUGCCGUCGUCCUGAAGGGUGACUUCCAUGUCGAGGUGGAAGACAGACCUACCCCGAAGGUCCAGAAGCCGACCGACGCCGUGCUCAAGGUCACUUCGACUGCUCUAUGCGGCUCGGACCUCCAUUUCUACCGAGGCCAUCUGAAGUGCCCGCCAAACUUCAUCUGCGGUCACGAGUUUGUGGGGACCAUUGCCGAGAAAGGCGACGCCGUCACCAACUUCAACAUUGGCGACAAGGUCGUGGUUCCCUUCUACACGGCCUGUCAGGAAUGCUACUACUGCGUGCGCGGACAGGCCAGUCGGUGCAGCAAAGGCGAGUUGUUUGGUAACUCGGUCCCGGCCAACGCGAUCGAUGGCGGACAAGCCGAGUACGUGAGGGUGCCGUUGGCGAAUACUACUCUGGUCAAAGCUCCGCCUGGUGAGUAUUCUCUCUCCCUCUUUGAGCACCAGCUGUUCUUUUCUUUCCUUGAAAAGCGAGCUUUUCUCAUUGACGUGUGUAUCAUCACCACAGGAAUUCCUGAGGAGAUGCUCGUUCUCAUGGCCGACAUCUUCCCCACGGGGUACUUCGCGGCACAGCGCUUCCUGAAGAACCUCCCGCAGCGUGACCGCGACGAGUUCACGACGGUGGUGAUCGGGUGCGGGCCCGUGGGUAUCUGCGCCAUUACGUGCGCGCUGACCAUGGUCAAGACGGUGUACGCGAUUGACUCGAUCCCGGAACGACUGGCCGAGGCGGAGAAGAUUGGGGCAAUCCCGAUCAACCUGAACGACAAUCCAGUGGAGAAGAUCAAGGCGGCCAGCGGCGGACGCGGAGCCGACGUGGUGCUCGAGGUGGUGGGCCACGCCGACGCCUUCAUGCUAGCCUUUGACAUGAUCCGGCCGUUUGGCCAGAUCUCGUCCAUCGGCGUGCACACGGAGACGAUCCCGCUCAACGGCCUGCUGUGCUACGGCAAGAACGUCACCAUGGCCUUUGGCCGCUGCCCCGUGCGCAGCAUCUUUGAGGACGCACUCGACAUCCUGGUCAAGGAGCAGAAAAAGGUCGCCUUCCUGUGCGGCCGCACCAUGUCCCUCGAGGACGCGCCCCAGGCCUACAAGGACUUUGAGGCCCGCAAGGUCCAUAAGAUUGUCUUCAAGAUGCCCGGCGAGCAGACUGGCCAGUCCAUUGCGGACAAGGUGUAA